AAGAGCAAAAUAAAAGACUCCUCUCUCUCUGUUUUAGAAAUUUCAUUGUUUUGACAAACUUUGAUUUCUCACCAAACUCCAUUGUUUUUUUUUUUAGCUUAAACAGUGAAACCCCACAAAUCAAUACUACUCAUUACAAUCUUGAAUCAUCAAUAGAGUGAAAAAAGGCAAAAAUAUGGAAGGGGGCAAUAGGAGGAGGAGCAAAUCAUCAAGAAAUAAUGGUGUUGUGGCAACAGGUUCAGUUUGGGAGAAUAGAAUGAAACUUGAUGAAGUAAAAGGUGGAUUCAAAGUGUUUAGUAAUAGUAGUAUUGAAGAAACCCCAGAUGAAAAUGAUGACAAAGAUUGUGUUUUUAAUACUCAAGUGGAUGAAAAGUUGGAUAUGGGGCCAAAAAGAGAAAAUCUUGAUGUUGGGUUAGUGAGUGGAAAGAGAAAAACUUGGAAAACUACUGAGAGUUUUGAGGGGAACCCAAUUCAGAUUGCUAGUAAAAAAACUGAUUUGAGCAAAAUUUUGGAUGAAAAAAGUAGAGAUUUGAGUGUUUCUGCUGAUGGGGUUGCUGGGAUUACAAAGAAAACUUUGAAAAAUGAGAGUUUUGAGGGGAACCCUUUUCAGAUUGCUAGUAAAAAAACUGAUCUGAGCAAAAAUUUGGAUGAAAAAUGUAGAAAUUUGAGUGUUUCUGUUGAUGGGGUUGUUGGGAUUACAAAGAGAACUUGGAAAAGUGAGAGUUUUGAGGGGAACCCUUUUCAGAUAGCUAGUAAAAGAUCUGAUUUGAGGAAAAAAUUGGAUGAAAAACGUAAAGAUUUGAGUGUUUCUGCUGAUGGGGUUUGUAAAAAAGUCCCAAUUCAGAGCAAGAAAAGUUCUGAGCUGAGAAAGCUGAAAUCUGAUAAGUCUGUUAAUGGGAAUGUGAAAAAAUCCAAUCUUGAGGAGUCAAGUAAGAAUCUUGAAGGAUCAAUUGGGAUUAAGAAGACAAAAUCAGAGGAGUUUGGUAUUUGUGAAGAGAAAUUUAUCACAAGCAAUGCGGUAUCUGAGGUUGAAUCUGUAAAUAAAUUAGAAAAGAGUCUUGAAAAUGAAGAUGAUGAAGAAUGGGACGACGUAUUGGAGGAAGAAAUCGACGAGGGAAAUGAUAAGAGAAGUGUUGAAGUUAAAGAAAUUAGUGUACAAGAACAGAAUAAGCUUAAAAAGAUUGUGAUUGAAGAGAAGAGAUUUCAGUACAAUAAUAAAAGGCAAAUGCCAAUUUCUUCAAUUAAUAUGAAACAGUCCCUUCCUACUUUUGUCAAUGCAAAUAUUCAUCAAAGUGCAACAAGAACCAAAUCAGAUGAAUUCCAGUCUAGACAAUAUAGCAAAUUACAAAGCUUGGUUGAUUUAGUGAUGUGGAGAAAUGUAUCAAAAUCAGCGUUAGUCUUUGGAAUUGGAACAUUUGUUAUCAUUUCAUCUUCGUAUACUCAAGAUCUCAAUAUCAGCUUCAUUUCUGCACUCGCCUACUUGGGUCUGAUCUAUCUUGCUGCAAUCUUUCUCUUUAGAUCCCUCAUUCACAGGGGAGCUAUUGAUAUUGGUGAAUCAAGUGAAUGUGUAGUAGGCGAAGAAGAAGCACUGUGGAUACUGAAAUUGAUUCUUCCUUUAAUAAAUGAGUUUCUUUUGAAAAUCAGAGCCCUUUUUUCUGGGGAUCCUUCGACUACAAUGAAGAUGGCAGUUCUGCUGUUUCUUUUGGCUAAAUUUGGCAGCUAUAUAACUAUUUGGAAACUGUAUAAAUUGGGUUUUUUUGGAGUUUUCUUCAUACCAAAAGUGUGCUCUUCUUAUUCCACACAGUUAACCUCUCACGGUACAUUUUUUAUAAGAUACAUUAGAGAUGCUUGGGAAUCAUGUACUCACAAAAAAGCUAUUGGAUUUGCAAUCUUCACAUUAGUAUGGAAUUUCUCUUCAAUCAUUGCCAGAAUAUGGGCAGUGUUCAUGUUAUAUGUGGGCUUAUGGUACUAUCAACAAACCUUGAUGAGACAAGACACUACUACUACUAUAAAUGGUGAUGAUUUUUUGCAAGGAAAAAUUAGAGAACAAAGACAAGUUGGGAAAAAGUCCAAUUUUAUGGAUACAAGAAAGCAAAAGAAAGCAUUUUAAGUUAAUAAAUAGAUUAAUAUUAUUAAAAAAAAAAUUGUAUUAAUUGGUGAUAGAUAAUUAACAUGUAUUAUACAUGUCUUGUUGCUCAUUUCCCAACCAUUAUCUUUUGGUAAUUAAUUUUUUGUUCCUAGUGUACAUAAUCAACUUGGGCUAAUCAUUCUUUUGGCAAUAAAAAUGAUUUUUUUA